AGGGGGAAGCGCCCCCUCCUCUCCCUCUCCCCUCCCCGCCCCGAGCGCGCACCGCCGGCCGGGAGCAUCGCUCCCCCGGCCGCCCCGCUGCCCCUAUGAUGACCGCCAAGGCGGUGGACAAGAUCCCGGUGACCCUCGGCGGCUUUGUGCACCAGCUCCCCGAGGGCAUUUACCCCGCGGAUGACAUCUCCGCCGCGCUGCCAACUUCGGUCGCGAUCUUCCCCAAUGCCGACCUGGCCGGGCCGUUUGACCAGAUGAGCGGUGUGGCAGGAGACGGCAUGAUCAACGUGGACAUGGGCGACAAGCGGGCCCUGGACCUGCCCUACGGCGGCGGCUUCGCGCCCAACGCCCCGGCCUCCCGCAACCAGACCUUCACCUACAUGGGCAAAUUCUCCAUCGACCCGCAGUACCCCGGCGCCGGCUGCUACCCCGAGGGCAUCAUCAACAUCGUGAGCGCGGGGAUCCUGCAGGGGGUCAGCACGCCCUCCUCCGCCGCCUCCUCCGCCUCCUCCGCCUCCUCCGCCGCCUCCUCCUCGGCCACCGCCGCCUCCGCUGCCUCCCCCAACCCGCUGGCCGGGGCCCUCGGCUGCACCAUGGCGCAGGGCCAGCCGACCGACCUGGAGCACCUUUACUCGCCGCCGCCGCCGCCCUACUCGGGCUGCGGCGACUUGUACCCGCAGGACCCCUCCUCGGCCUUCCUGCCCGCCGCCGGCGGCGGGGCGCUGCCUUUCCCCCCGCCGCCCUCCUACCCCUCCCCGAAGGCGGCGGCGGCCGACGGCGGGCUGUUCACCAUGAUCCCCGAGUACGGCGGCUUCUUCCCGCCGCCCCAGUGCCAGCGGGAGCUGCACGCCGGCCCCGACCGCAAGCCCUUCCCCUGCCCCCUCGACUCGCUCCGCGUCCCGCCGCCCCUCACGCCGCUCUCCACCAUCCGCAACUUCACCAUGGGGGCGCCCCCGGCGGGCGCCGCCCCCGGCACGGCUCCCGGCGGCGGCGGGGGCGAGGGCGCGGGCGCCCGGCUGCCCGCCGGCGCCUACAGCCCGCACCACCUGCCGCUGCGGCCCAUCCUGCGGCCCCGCAAGUACCCCAACCGGCCCAGCAAGACGCCGGUCCACGAGCGGCCCUACCCCUGCCCCGCCGAGGGCUGCGACCGCCGCUUCUCCCGCUCCGACGAGCUCACCCGGCACAUCCGCAUCCACACGGGCCACAAGCCCUUCCAGUGCCGCAUCUGCAUGCGGAACUUCAGCCGCAGCGACCACCUCACCACCCACAUCCGCACGCACACCGGCGAGAAGCCCUUCGCCUGCGACUUCUGCGGCAGGAAGUUCGCCCGCUCCGACGAGAGGAAGCGGCACACCAAGAUCCACCUGCGCCAGAAGGAGCGGAAAGGAGCCGCCGCCGCCGCCGCCGGCGGGUGCCCGCAGCCCGGCGGCGGGAGCGGCGCGGCCGCCCUGGCCCCCUGCGCGGCGCGGACGCGGACGCCCUGA